AUGGAGCUACUUGUUAACGAUUCGUCGCCAGAUGUACUAUGUCUUACCGAAACGUGGUUACCAUUGGACGCUAUAGAAUCCGCGAAUAUAGACGGCUAUACCCUUAUCUCGUGCUUCUGUCGAGUGAGACGCAUACAUGGAGGAUGUGCAAUUUAUGUCAAAAACAGUUUAACAGCCAAAUGCAUACCGUUCGUGGGCAAGGCUUCGGAAGAGGGAGAAAUCGAGGCAUGUGGACUUACAAUGAAUUCCGGAAGAUCUUAUGAGAAGCUUGUGUAUAUCGCCCACCAUCUGGUAACGUAG